GACUUGGUUGUAGGUUGUCUUCUCUAUUAUUGACCUGUGCUAUAAAUCUUUGUUUUGUAACAACAAACAGAUCUAUAAUGUAAAGGGAAGGGAGGUUCACAUUCACAUUACAAGCAACAACUUAACGCUUAACAACAGCACUCUCCCUAAUCCUUCUGUGUAUGCAAAAUGAGACCAUGCAAAUGCAAAUGCAAUGUUCUCUCUGCUCUCAUUCUUCUUGUCACAUUCCUUUUUAUUGCUUCUUCCGUCCACUGUGAAGACCCAUAUCGGUACCUCACUUGGAAGGUCACCUAUGGUGACAUCUAUCCUCUUGGUGUCAAGCAACAAGGGAUCUUAAUUAAUGGGCAGUUUCCAGGGCCUCAAAUAGAUGCUGUUACAAAUGACAACUUGAUUAUCAAUGUCUAUAACUACCUCAGAGAACCGUUCCUCAUUUCAUGGAAUGGCUUACAGCAUAGGAGGAACUCAUGGCAGGAUGGAGUGUAUGGCACAAACUGUCCAAUCCCACCUGGGAGGAACCUCACAUAUGCUAUCCAGGUAAAAGACCAGAUUGGUAGCUAUUUCUACUUCCCAUCUCUUGGAAUGCACAAAGCUGCUGGAGCAUUUGGUGGCAUCAGAAUUUGGAGCCGGCCUCAAAUUCCUGUCCCUUUUCCUUCUCCUGCCGGGGACAUUACCAUACUUGCUGGAGAUUGGUUCAAGCUUGACCACCGAAGACUGAGACGACUCCUAGAGAAUGGUCAUAAUCUCCCCUUCCCUGAUGGCCUUCUUAUCAAUGGACGUGGUUGGAAUGGAAACACCUUCACUGUUGAUCAAGGUAAGACUUAUAGAUUCAGGAUAUCAAAUGUGGGGCUCACAACAUCAAUCAACUUCAGAAUCCAGGGGCACAGUUUGAAACUUGUGGAGGUAGAAGGAUCUCAUACCCUCCAAAACACCUAUUCUUCCCUUGAUGUCCAUCUCGGACAGUCCUAUUCCGUGCUGGUCACAGCUGAUCAACCUGUCAAGGAUUACUAUAUGGUUGUCUCUACAAGAUUUACCAGACGGAUACUCACAACAACUUCCGUUCUUCAUUAUAGCUAUUCAAAAACAGGGGUAUCUGGUCCUGUUCCUCCAGGGCCUACCCUUGAUAUUGCAUCGUCUGUCUAUCAGGCUAGAACUAUCCGGUGGAACCUGACAGCAAGUGGACCAAGACCAAACCCUCAGGGAUCAUACCACUAUGGAUUGAUCAAACCGAGUCGAACCAUCAUGCUUGCAAAUUCUGCUCCUUAUAUCAAUGGCAAGCAGAGGUAUGCGGUCAACGGUGUCUCAUACAAUGAACCAGAUACCCCAUUGAAACUUGCCGACUACUUCAACAUCCCUGGAGUUUUCUACGUUGGAAGCAUUCCUACCUAUCCUAACGGGGGCAACAAUGCCUACCUCCAAACUUCUGUCAUGGGGGCUAAUUUCCAUGAAUUGGUGGAGAUUGUAUUCCAAAAUUGGGAGGAUUCUGUGCAGUCAUGGCACAUUGACGGCUAUUCCUUCUUUGUUGUAGGGUAUGGUAGCGGGCAGUGGACAGCAGACAGUAGAGUACAAUACAAUCUGAGAGACACAGUUGCUAGAUGCACCACUCAGGUGUAUCCAAGGUCAUGGACUGCAAUCUACAUGGCUCUUGACAACGUGGGAAUGUGGAACAUAAGGUCCGAGAAUUGGGGAAGGCAGUACUUAGGACAACAAUUGUAUCUGAGGGUGUAUACACCUUCCAAAUCAUGGAGGGAUGAAUAUCCGGUGCCAAAGAAUGCGCUUCUAUGUGGCAGAGCAAGUGGUCGUCGCACAAGGCCUUUCUAAUUUAAUUUAGGUAGCAAUUAGCAUUGCAAUUGCAUCAUGUCACGAGAGGGUGGCAUAUUCAUAUUGUGACUGCUUCUAUUUUUUUAGCUACGUGCAGGCAAUUUUACUUUUUUAUUGAUUGGGAUUAUUUUUUAACGGAUGGUGAGAUGAGAUGAGGUAUCUGACGCAUGAUGCAUGUGUAGUAACUAUGAACUUCCAAGUUCCAUCAUUUUCACGUAUUAAUUAUUAAAUAAAUAAAUCAAGUUCUGAAGAA